UUACCGGAGACUAGCUUCUGGUGUAGUAAAGCUUUUGCAGUCUCAUAUGUCUUGUGCCGUUGCUAGUAACCACUUCCCUUUAAAUGUACUGCUCAUUAAUUUAAAGGUAAACGAUAUUUGAGAGGCGAUAUGAGAUAAUGAUAUAAUGUAUUAUGUGAAGCUGCAAUAAGGAAACAAGGCGGUACCUUUUUAACGCCGGGCUCCACCAUGCGUCUGUUGAUCACCUCCACCUCCAUCGGCUGCCCUGUGGAGAUCCUUGUUCCCAAAGCAGAGACCCUUGAGGGCCUGAAAACGCGUCUCUCCCGUCAACUUCAAGUGCAAGCUGACAGAAUCGUCCUCCUGCAUAAAGACAAGCAGCUGACUGCAGGGAAACUAUUGGAGCAAGGUAUAGCAGAUGGUAGUAGCCUCACCCUACAGCUCCCAGCAGUAGCAGAGGCUGCCUUAUUUUGUUCAGGUACCAGAGCUGAAAGGGUGGUGGAGGCUUUGGAGAGUUUAACAGAAUGCCAGAUCAGUGACUUCUUGUCCGGCCUUGUACCUCUGACCCUUAAACUGGCAAUGGGUUCCCACAUGAUGGAUGUGCAGCUCCAGCUGUCCUCUCAGGAUGUAGCCAAACUGCAGCUAAACAAUGCCUUAGAAGCUUCAAACAGACCUUCAACAAGUACCACUUAUCCAGCUACAUAUUCCAUGCAAUUUGACCCCCAUGUGGACACUGCUAUGUCUGCUGUGACCUACCAUCAGCGGCCAAAGUCUCAUCAUUCACACUCAAUUUUAUCAACGCCUUCUGCAUGUUCAGCACCAGCGAGCACACCAGUUUAUUUAACCACGGACUCCAGUGCUGCACCACAGAGUCCUUUAGCAGCCUCCACUUUCACAGAGACAGCUCACUCCUCCACUGUUGAGCCCAUCAAGCAAGCAGGCGCAGUAAUAGAAAGUUUUUUUACUCAUGCUCAAGGAGUUUUCUCUGGAACUUUCUCCGGCACGCUGGCGCUGUGCAAUCGGAGCGGCUUGAACCAUCCUCGACGAGGCAUUGCCAUUAUCCUGCAAAUUCUUGAUGACUUCCUCAGAGCUGCUUCACGCUACCAAGUGGCCCAGGUGAAUCCCUCUAACCGCAAAGAGAUGGACGAGCCCCUCUGUGAAACUCCUGAUGAGGAGGCUCACAGGUUCCUAACCGUUUUGGAAGAGAACCAGACAAUGCACCGGAAAGUGAAGCGCUUGCAGUUUUUAAUGGACCGGCGACAUCACAAACGAACUCUGAGGAGCUCACAGUUGUCACAUCCCUAUCAGCAUCACCAUCCUCCUUAAUGUUCUAAAAGGCAGCCACGUCUCACAAAAGCUAAUUGUGGGCACGUACAACUGUUUAUUUUUAAAUAAAAUA